AUGGCCGCAAAGAGCCCUUCAAAGGCUGAAGGUGUUUCAGAGGGACCGCGCGCGCCCAAGACAGCUUUGGAGAUGUCGGCAAUUUGGACCCUGGACUCCACUGGUGUGCAGCAGCGCAUGUUGGCUCCGUCCCAGGCCCUUGGCACACAGGCACAGCCCAAUAUGGCCCCUCCUCAGACUUACGAGCCUCAAUCCUUGUCGCCAAAAUUUCUCUUUCUGGUCCUGCGGAAAGCAAACCAAAAUGCAGUGGAUGUCAUCAGAAACCUGCUGCAGGCCUUGAAAUAUGGCACAGGCAUGAUGGAACUCGAAGCACAGGCAGAGCGCGCUAUUGCUCUAAUGGAAAAGGGAGUCGGCCGCCUCAAUCAGUUGGAGGCCUAUCAGAUUGGGGCGUCCAAGAUGCUGCAUAAAGUCCUGGCAGAAAUUGCGGACAAAGAGAGGGAGCUGGCAGGUGCAUACCAGGAGUUGGGCGUGCUGCAGGAAGACUUGCAGGACAGAUCCCAUGAGCUUGAGGGUACUGAGAUGAAAUUGGCAAGGUACGUGCAGCAGCUGAAGAAGUCCAAAAUGACAGCAGCGCGGCUGGAUGGGCGGCUCACCUUCCUGAUGAAGGCUUUUGAAAGCCAGAAUGCCUUCAGUAAGCAAAUCCCAAGCGCGCAACAGGCGCCAGCUGCCACAGAGCCUGCCGAUGAGGCCACCGAAGGUGUUUCAGAGGGACAGCGGGCGCCCAAGAUAACUCUGAAGAUGCCGGCCUCUUGCCUCCAGGACUCAUCUGGUGUGAAGCAGCGAUUUUUGGCUCCGAGCCAGUCCCUUGGCACACCAGCGCAGCCCAAUGCGGCCACUCCACCAACUUAUGAGCAUGAACCCUUGUCAUCAGAAUUUCUCUUCCAGGUCCUACAGAAAGCGAACCAGAACGCAAAGGAUGUCAUCAAAAACCUGCUGCAGGCCUUGAAGUACGGCACACGCACGGUGGAGCUUGGAUCACAGGCAGAUCGAGCUGUUGAGUUGCUGGAAAAGGGAGUCGACCGCCUGAAUCAGUUAGAGGCCUUUCAGAUUGAGACGUCCAAGAAGCUGGAUGAGGUCCUGGCAGAUCUUGGGGACAAAGAGGGCGAGCUGGCAGCUGUAUACCAGGAGUUGAGCAUUCUGCAGGAAGACCUGGAGGACAGAUCAAACGAACUUGAGGACUCUGAGGAGAAACUGGGAAGGUACCUGAGCCAGCUGAAGAAGACCAGACUGAGAGCUGCAAGGCUGGAUGGAGACUUCAUGUACCUGAUGCGCGAGUUCAAGAAACAGGACGCCUUCAGCAAAAAGAGCACAAUUGCGCAGCAGGCGCCGGCUGCUUCCAAGCCUGCAGAUGAGGCCACUGAUGGUAAUAAUCUAGUUUAA